GCACCCAAACUUUUCAGUGGCCUCUCUGUGGCUUUCUCAAAAUUUGACACCUGUCCAUCACUGACAUCACUUUUAAACAGCGUUAACUCUCCCCAAAAAAAAAAAAAAGUUAAGAACCAGACAACCACCAUCGAACCCAUCCCUCUCCUCCUCCUCCUCCUCCUCCUCCUCCUUUGAAGGAAACGACGAAGUGCGCUGAGUGUUGCGGUGCGAUGGUGGUGUCUGGUAGCGAAAGAGAAAAUAAAGGCGACAGUCAGAACUUGCUUCAGAGAGAAUUCGACAAGGGAGGUGCGGAGUAAUCACCAGCGACGCACUCCAGCUACAAGAUCUACACCCCGCAACCAUGAUGUUCAGAGAGACUGGGGAGAAAUGGGGGACUCUGCAGAAACUUCAUUCUCUCUCUCCAGCCUUCUCUGCCAAGAAGAUGAAACUUGUCUGAGCCAGUUGAAGGACGAAUCGAACACAUCCGUAGAAUUCAACCCAUGCUUUCUUUUCGAUAACGAUGAUGAAUAUGUCGAAAACUUGGUUCAGAAAGAAGCUCAUUGCUUUGGAUCCAAAGGGUUAAUGGAUUUCUCUGCCUCUGGCAUGAGCUGGUUGAAAACUGCUCGAUUGGAUGCCAUUGAUUGGAUUUUCAAUACAGGGGCAGUUUUUGGGUUCCAGUUGCAAACAGCUUACUUAUCAGUGACUUACUUUGAUAGGUUUCUUUCAAAACGAUCCAUUGAUGAUGAGAAAUUGUGGGCUAUUAGAUUGUUAUCAGUGGCAUGUUUAUCCUUGGCUGCUAAGAUGGAAGAAUGCAAAAUACCAGCUUUAUCAGAGUUUUCGGUUUCGGAUUAUGAUUUUGAAAGCAAAGUCAUUCAAAGAAUGGAGCUCUUGGUGUUGAAUACAUUGGAAUGGAAGUUGGGUUCAAUCACUCCUUUUGCUUAUCUGCAUUACUUCAUCAAUAAGUUUUGUGCUGAUCAAGCAAGGCCAGAAGGACUGUUUUCUAAUGCUGUAAAACUGAUUAUGGCAAUGGCAAAAGAAAUUGAUUUAAUGGAUACUCGGCCGUCGAUUAUUGCAGCUGCUGCAGUUUUAGCAGCAUUUGAUGGUCGGUUAACUAGAAAGAUUCUGGAUAUUAAGAUGAAUGUGAUCUCAUUCUUGCAGUCCCAAGAUUAUGAACAUAUAUAUUCCUGCUAUAAUUUUAUGCAGGGAGUGGUGGAAAGAAAAGCUAAGACACCAGCACCCAAGUUUUCAAUUUCCCCUUCAUCAAGCUCGAUGGAAGUGCUUGAGACUUCAUCAUUUGGCACUAAGAGAAGGCUUACAUUCAGUGACUCUGCUGAUCAAAGUUGCCCAACCAAGAAGGCUUACGAUAGAGGUUUUUGAUUAAUGUGUUGGUUUUGUUUUUUGAAUUAUAGAGAGGGAAAAAGAAAUGACUCAUGAUAUUUUAGAAGAUGGGGGGUUUAAAUUAUAUAGGUCUAAUGAGUGCCAUAAUUAAUUUCUACCAAUUUAUGGUAUAUAUGGUUUGGGAUUUGAUGAUUGGGGUUCCAAUUUCCAAUACCAAACAAAAGAUUUUAGCUGGUGACAACCAAGAGGACGGGGAGAAAAGUGAAAAAGUAAAUAAAGUAAAAAGUACGAAGAAGUUAAUUGAAGUUUGUGGAUAGUAAUUUUGAGUAGUAUUUGGUUUCAGAGUGCCACUAUUGCUUACCAACGUUUUAUUUUCUUCAAUUUGUUGUUGUUUUGGGCAUGAUUUUUUAAUCCGUGGCCAGGACGAUUUGGAGAAAACAGUUGUAUUUUCGUUCGUGAUUAUUUAAUUUAAUUUAAUUUAUUUAUCA